UUCGGAUUUUGAGGCUAAUUUUUUGAGAGCUCCAGAGCUCCAGCUCGGCUGCUUCGACAAGGGAGCCCGUCGCCCACCAACCGGUCCGACAUGCAAGCCGCCAUCCGAGCCUACGCCAGCCCAGCCCCCCGAGGGCUGAGGCGCCUGGCAUGCCAACAUCGCGGCCUCGCCGUUUCGGCGCCGUUGUUGCGGUCCGGUCCAGAUGCCAAGGCUGACCAUGCCGACGCCGCAACCCCCGCGCCGCCGCCGCCGCCGCCGCCGCCAGCUGCCGCUGCCCCGAGCCCGUUCGGCAACGCCCCGAGAUCGUACGGCCGGCGGGCCAGCGAGGAUUUCAUCCCCCAGCACCUCGGGCGGCCCAUCGGCAUGGCGAACCCCCCGCGUCCUGGGGAGAACACCGGGCUGGACACGCGGUCGUUGCGCGAGCGCCGCGACGACUUUGUCGACUACGGGAAGCACCUGGCCCGCCGCAAGGAGCUCACCCAAAAGAUCUCGCGGCCCUACUUCCGCGACUGGUCCAAUAUGAAAUAUCAGGAGGGCAAGUCCUUUCUCGCCCCGCCCCGAAUUUUCAAGGCAGACAGGUCCCUGUACUUCCCCAACUUCUUUGGCCGCACCCUGUCCAAGACGGACCCGGGCCCGCACGACACCACUCCGGCCCUUUUUGGCAAGACCUCGGUCGUCGCCGUUUUUAGCAGCGCCUGGGCCGAACAGCAGGUCGAUACCUUCGUCUCGCCCAAGGCGAACCCUGAGCUCCACCAUAUCCUCGACGGUAGCGGCGCCGCCGCCCAGUUGGUGCGUCUCAACAUCGAGGACAAUGCCCUCAAGGCCUGGAUCAUCCGCCUUUUUAUAGGCUCGCUGAGGAACCGGGUUGGAAGUUCGAACUGGGACAAGUAUUUUCUCGUCAGGAAUCCGGUCUCUCCGGAGAUCAGCGAAUCUAUCGGCAUCCUCAACGCAAAGGUCGGCUACACCUAUCUCGUCGACAGCGACUGCAGGAUAAGAUGGGCCGCCAGCGGCAACAGCCAGCCCGAGGAGAGAUCCAGCCUUGCCAAGGGGCUCGAGAGGCUCCUGCGAGACUGAAAACGGCGUAAUCUGAGUAGGUAGGGAGUGAGCAAUGCAGUCUGCUAAGCAUCAGAAGAAGAAAGCUGGCGGGUUGUGUUAGCACCACCAUUUCGAAGAAGCCGCCACUGUCUGUUUGCCGCUAUGGUAAAAUUUCUGUUGCUGAGGACGGGGGACGCUGGAAAUGGACAUGGCCAUGUACAAUAACGAUAAAUGUAAAAAUAAGGAGAAAUAGACAAACUAAAAAGAAAAAAAAAGAGAAAUCAUACCAGACG